CUCACGUCCGGAUCACAUGCCGGAGCACUAAAGACUUACAACAAAUUUUCGAGCCUUGUCUCAAGACGGAUUAUUUUAAUGGAAACGUAUUCUUCAUUUGAUGGACCGUUUUGCUUCCCGGCAACCUAAUGAUGAUAUCGGCUUCCUAAGGGACAGAAAGUAUUGUUAAAUUAGGCCUCUUUCCUAAUAUUAAUUAGAUAUGUUCCCAGACAUUUUCACUUUGUGUCUGAUAUCAUUCAGCACAUUGUACGCCGGGUCAACAUUGGAAUUGCAACUCGAUAUGCCCAAUGUUUGCGCCGACCAGGAGAUGUUUCAUUUGGGUGGCCCUCAGCCUUGUGUUCAGGGUUUUACACGAAUGGUGAAGGUGUGGAGGCAGGGCUGCACAGGCCACAGAUGGUGUGUAGGAUAUGAGAGGAGGACAACAUAUUACACAAUGUACAGACAAGUGUACAGGACAGAUAUUCGCACAGUUUAUAAGUGCUGCCCUGGUUGGACUCAAACAGAUGGCGAACCAGGCUGUCUUCAUAGGAUAUGCAGUGCCAAUACGUGUUUCAAUGGAGGCCGAUGUGCAGAGAGUGGGGAUCUUAUAUGUCAUUGUCCAAAAGGUUUUAAAGGGACACGGUGCCAAUAUGAUAUAAAUGAAUGUGAGGUGGACAAAGGAGGCUGCGAAGAAUACUGUUGCAAUACGAUUGGCAGCUACUACUGCAAGUGUCCUGUGGGCAGUGAGUUGGGGCCAGAUGGCAAGUCAUGUCAAGAUGUCAAUGAAUGCGCAGAGCUCAAUGGAGGAUGCCAACAGACGUGCGUCAACACACCAAGCUCUUAUUUUUGUGAGUGCAGUGAAGGAUUCCGCAUGCACACUGAUGGUCGGACCUGCAUUGCCAUACACUCCUGCUUGGUGUUGAAUGGUGGUUGUGAGCACAAAUGUCUAGACAUGGGUAACAAUCACUAUAAAUGUGAGUGCCGAAAGAACUACAAGCUCAAGACAGAUGGGAGACACUGUGAAUUGAGGGAACCCUGCGAGGAGAGGAACGGAGGCUGCACACAGCUGUGUGUCUCAGCGGAUGGCCAUGUUCAAUGCAGCUGUCGAUCCGGUUUUACUCUGGCUGAAGAUGGCAAGAGCUGUGAAGACAUUGACGAGUGCAAUACCGGACAUCACAAGUGCUCCCAUGGAUGCGUCAACAUGCUGGGCUCCUUUCGAUGUGUGUGUCAUCCGGGCUUUGAGCUUGGUGCAGAUGGAAAACGGUGCUACCGCAUAGAGAUGGAGAUUGUGAACAGCUGUGAGAAGAAUAAUGGAGGCUGCUCUCAUCAGUGUGAGCACACCACCAAUGGGCCCCUUUGCUCCUGCCAUCAUGGCUACCAGCUAGACCAGGACAGGAAGACCUGUGUAGACAGUGAUGAGUGUGUCAAUGGGGAAUCCUGCUGCAGUCACUUCUGCAGAAACUAUCCAGGCGGCUACGAAUGCAGCUGCAGAGCCGGCCACACACAAAACCCAGAUGGCUGCGGCUGUGAUGACAUCAACGAGUGUCUGGCAGAGACUUCAGGCUGCGACCAUGGCUGUGUCAACACCCUCGGAGCGUAUGAGUGUUUUUGCCGAAAGGGUUUCCGCUUGGAUCAAGAUCAGCACACUUGCAUCUCUUUGUAUCGCAGAGCGUUGGAGGCAGAUGAGGAGGAGGAAGAAGAAGAUGCAGAGCAGAUGGAAGUCUCGAGGUUUCCAGAGCUGCUCUUCCGUAACGUUCCCCAGCUUCUCCAUUACACGGCAGCAUUACGUUCCCCGUACGACGGCGAUCAUGAAGAUAACGAUGCUGGUGAUUCUGAUGAAGCGUUUCAAAGCUUCAUAAAAAGUCGAGAAGAAUUUCGAUUGGAUACCCAAAUCGUGUGUCUGGACAAUUCUUUUGGGGAAGACUGCAGUUGGCGAUGUGAAGAUUGUGUCAAUGGAGACUGUGGUAAAAAUAAAGACCGCUGCGAAUGUUCACCUGGAUGGGCUGGCAUUAUCUGCAAUGAGACUUGUCCACAGGGCACUUAUGGGCCCCAUUGUAACAGUCUGUGCCAGUGUAAGAAUGGAGGCACAUGUGACCCCGUGUCUGGGAAGUGCUUAUGCCCACCGGGGGUACAAGGUCUAUUCUGCGAGGCUGGUUGUCCGAGGGGCUAUUUUGGAAGUGAUUGCAUGAUAAAGUGCAACUGUCCCAACAAUGGACACUGCCAUCGUUUAUAUGGAGCUUGCUUGUGUUCCCCAGGAUUAUAUGGUCGACACUGUCAUCUGCCUUGUCCCAGGUGGACGCACGGCUCUGGCUGUUCGUCGGAAUGUGACUGUAUUCGAGAACAUUCCACUGGCUGCGACCCCAAGAUGGGGAGCUGUAUCUGUAAGCCUGCAUACCAUGGCUCACAAUGUGAGAAAGAAUGUGAGCCGGGCUUUUUUGGAGCUGGUUGUGAGCAGCCUUGCGACUGCCCAAGUACGGGGUUGUGUGACCCCAAGACUGGGGAGUGCAGCCAGCAAUGCCCUGCAGGCCUUAGUGGGAAGGGAUGUCAGCUGGUGUGUCCUCCUGGCUACCAUGGACCCGGCUGUCUACUGAGCUGCUCCUGUCACCCUGAUGCUGCUUGUGACCCACAAACCGGCCAAUGUGUCUGUCCGCCUGGAAGGAGCGGCCAUGACUGUGCAUCACCUUGUCCUGCUGGUAUGUUUGGGAACAACUGUAGUCAACUAUGCCAGUGUUCAGGAGACCAUGAGCAGUGCCAUCCAGUUACGGGGAACUGUAGUUGUUUACCUGGUUACUAUGGAACAAGUUGUGAGUUACGAUGUCGCUCAGGCACUUAUGGACCAAACUGCAAGUGUCGAUGCCGUUGUCUCAAUGGUGGCCGCUGUGACUUCCGAACGGGGACAUGCCGCUGUCCUCCGGGCUUCAUCGGAGCUGACUGCAGCUCACCCUGCCCAAGUGGGUACUAUGGCAAAGACUGUGCUAAAGUGUGUUCCUGCGGAGAAUGGGGUCAGUGCCACCCAAUAAAUGGAAGAUGUAUUUGUGUAACUGGAAAAAUGGGGCAGUCCUGUCAAGUCUGCCCCAGGGGGCGUUAUGGCCUGCAGUGCCGACAUACAUGCAGAUGUCAAAAUGGUGGUCUGUGUGAUCCUGAAGAUGGUAAAUGCAAAUGUGGCCUUGGCUGGACCGGACCAGAAUGUGAUACAGUCUGUUCACAGGGAAAAUAUGGUGAAAAUUGUUCUCAAGACUGUCCUUGCCUCAGUGGUGGGACAUGUGAUCGCUUUUUUGGCACCUGCAACUGUACAAAUGGGUACUAUGGCCACGCCUGUCAACAUAAAUGCCCGCCUGGAUAUUUUGGCUUCAACUGUGGCCUUACAUGUGACUGUCAGCCCGGGCAGACCUGCGACCACGUGACAGGACAAUGUGUGUGUUCUCCGGGUUACUACGGGCCUCAGUGCCAGAGCCGAUGUGAAGCUGGCAAGUUUGGCCAGAAGUGUGAAAGGUCAUGUGACUGUUCAGGUGGCUCAUGUGACCCAUCUACCGGACGUUGCCUCUGUCCUCCAGGAAGGACUGGACAGAGGUGUGAAAAAGAGUGCAGUGGGGACCGAUUUGGCCCAGACUGCUCUCUGUCUUGCCAGUGUUCCAACGGGGUGCGCUGUGAUGGGGUGAAUGGACGCUGUCAGUCCCCACUCACCUGGCCGGGCCCCACCUGUGCACCGCUUCACCCAACACGUGGACAGCUGAAUUUUUCUGUCCUGAAGGAAGAGCGGGCAGUAAAACCGUAUUAACGCCAACAUUGAAGCACAUGACUUGGCUGGCUCUUGGAAGCUUCACACAGGUAAAGGUGGUCUGGAAUCGUGUGACAGAAAGUAGUGUUCCAUCACUGAGCCUGGAGUUGAAGACUAUCAAGCAAAUAACUUGACUCGUGAGCCGGCCUCAGAGUAACACAAACGGUUCCUUUUUAAAGACUCUUUAUCCCUUUAUAAGGCAUUAUAGGGGGAAGCGCUUCAUGUAUGCGUGAUCAACGUAUAAAGUAAUUGAAUGAACCCCUUUUUGAUUGAGUGAUCGUCUUUCAAGAGUGGACCCCUCCUUUCACCCAAUCAUCUGUAAUUGUCUCGCCGCAACCGUGUGCAUGUAUUAAUUCUAGCACAGACAGUAUUUACGGAGUUAGGUUUUAGUUCGCAUCUGCAGGUGAAUAGAAAUUUGAAAAAGAAAAGAAGUUAGCUGCAAAAGUUAAUUGCCCAUAUAAAAUCACGUUUUUCAAGGUGCGGUAUUUCGUAUUUUUGUAAAGCUGUUAUCUAAUUUACCUACAGCGUAAUACAGAAUACAUGUAUAUUUGUAGAGGUAAAUGUCUAUACCGUCUCACUAUUUGCAUAUAUACAUCCAUUUGGCUGACUCAAUUUCUGUAUAGUUGUUCAUAUAAAACUAUUGCAUUGUAUUUUUGUUUAAAAAAAACAAAAAAAAAACAUCUCACCAGUAUCCGAUUGUCUUUGUUUAAUGGAUUCGCUUUUUCUUACUAUAGAAAACUCUCCUUAUACACGCAUUGAAAUAUUUAGGAUAUCUUUGUUCAUUUAUUUCGAUUGUUUGACUUUCUAAAUCAAACUGCGGGCAUUAUGAAUUCACCAAAGGCUUUCUUGUUGCAGUAAACGUGGCAGAUGAAAAUACUGCAGGCAAAACGUGCAUGCGUGGCAUUUCUUUGUGAUGUGAGAACUGGGUUAGCAGCUGCGAAAGAUUGUUUCUGAUUGUAAAUGACAACAUUGACUGGUGUAAAUAUUUGUUCUGAUUCACCUGCAGCAUUGACAUUGUUUUGCAAAAGAAUAUUUCAACAAGAAAAUGCAUUUAUGUGUCAGGGGUGCCUUCUACCGCUGUUUUGUUUUUGUUGUUUUUCUACCUACUUACAAGUUGGUGGUGCUAUACUGUGUUGGCAUGUAUUUACUAGAUAAAAUUGUGUCUUACGAUUGUAUGUCCUGAGUGAAAGUCUCAUUGAUGGCUAUAUGUUGAUCAAUGAACCCCAAAAUAACAUUAAAGAAAAUUGUGAAGA